UCCCUCCAAGCCCCAGCUGCCGUCCUGAGCCUCCGGCCGUGUGCGGUGUGGCAGCUCCUGGACCGACCGGCCCGCGCGAGCGCGCUUCGUGCCUGGGGGACGCCGGCGCCGGCCGGAUGGAGUUCACGUCGUCCUGCUUCCACGCGUUCGGCAACCCGGACUUCGCGGCGGUGUUCUCCGGCGGCAGCGCGCAGGCCCACCGGCCGCGGCGCUCCACGGAGGGCAGCGCGAGGGCGGCGGCGGAGGACGGCCGGAGCCCCUCGUCCGCGCGCCGCGCGCCGUCCAUGUUCUGCGUCCCCGACACGGAGGCCGAGGAGCCGAACCAAUUCCUGGACGAGUGCACCCUCUGCCGCAAGGCGCUCUGCGGCGACAUCUUCAUGUACAGAGGGGACACGCCGUUCUGCAGCGACGAGUGCAGGAGGGAGCAGAUCGAGAUGGACCGCGUGAGGCACCGGAGGAAGAAGCAGCACGCCCUCCUGGCGGCGCAGCAGGCGGCGGCGGUCAUGGCGCAGCGGGAACACCGUCCCCAGCGGCAGCUCCAGCCACAGCACUAGACGGUUCCACGUCGCGCACCGGUCCCUCCCGGACUCGUCCCCCCACGUACCCAAUGAUGACGGACGGAUUCUUGCACAUUCCUAGUACUACUAGACAAGGAUUCUUCCCCCCUCGCAAGGGCCAAGUAGCCACGACCCCUUUGUUUCCGUCUGUACCCGACGCGAAAACGGAAGGUAGCGGAGGUCUUUUUGUGUCCUGCAAUGCAAUUACAACGAGCAAUCCAAUCCUCGCUCGUUUUCGUUC